AUGACAAAAGGCAAACAUGCAAAUAUGAUUGAUGUAUCAACGAUUGUACAUAAUCAUUUGCUUAAGGAACUCGAAUUAGAAUGUAACUUUUUCGAGCAUACAUUAACAAUGGAACAACUUAGUGAUCUUCAUCCAUUAUCACGAAUAAACUUAGAACAUCCAGAAUGCAGUAAAGGUUUAAAUAAGGAUGAAGCAGCUAGCCGUUUGGUAACGGAUGGACGUAAUGUUGUAUUCGCUGUUACUGGUCGAACAACAACAAAAUUAUUGUUGAAGCAAUUUUCUCAUACAUUUCGAUUAAUGUUAUUAACUGCUGCACUUACCUGUUUUAUCAUUUAUGCAUUGGAUACAACACGAUUUAUUGAAAUUUAUCUUGGAAUUGCUCUAAUUGUUAUAUUUUUUAUCCUUUGUGGUGUUAGUUAUUGGCAAGAACAACAUGCAAAAAAGAAUAUGCAAUGCUUUCAAUCAAUGAUGACAACAUAUUGUUAUGUUGUUCGAGCUGCUGAACGUAUACGUAUUAAUGUUUCUGAUGUUGUCAUUGGUGACAUCGUCUAUCUCUGUCCUGGCUCUCGUGUACCAGCUGAUUUACGAUUAAUUUAUACGGAUGAAUUAAAAUUGGAUACAUCAUGGAUAACAGGUGAAUUGGAACCACUUGAUUUUUGUGAUACUACGGUACCAAAAAAUGUAACAGCUUUAGGUGCACAAAAUAUUGCACUUAAUGGUUGUUUAUGCACCAAUGGUACCGGAUAUGGUGUAGCUAUUAGGACAGGUGAUAGAACGAUAAUUGGUAAAAUUGCACGUGUAACAAGUAAACAAAAAGGUGAACCAACACGUUUAGAAUUAGAGCAUAAACGUUUCGUUAAUUUUAUUUCAACAUUAGCUAUUACAAUGGCUACGAUUACAUUUGUUAUUGGCUUAUUGCUUACAAAUUUUCAACAUCUUAUAAAUACAUUUGUAAAUGGUUUCCUUGUUAUUAUUAUUGCAAAUAUUCCACAAGGUCUUCCAAUUACACUUGGUGCAGCAUUAGCAAUUGUUGCACGACGUUUAGCUAAACAAAAUAUAUUUAUGAAACGAUUAGAUGUGGUGGAAACAUUAGGUACAGCAACAGUGGUAAUGUGUGAUAAGACGGGUAUCUUUACCUUAAAUGAUAUUACUGUUUCUGAUUUAUGGUAUCAGUUACAUUACUUUAAAGGUAUAGAUGAACUGAAAGCUAAACGAAAGCAUUUAUCAGUAACUGAUUUAUCAGUACCAUUAUCAGAAUGUAAUAACGAUACUUUGGUAGCAUUACUAACUGUUAUGUCAAUAUGCAAUAAAGCGCAUUUGGAACCGUUAAAUUCACGUGGUAUUUAUGCGUGGCAUAUGGUUAAUAAACUUUCACGUGCAAGUAAUACCAUUACGAUACAAUCACUAUUGGAUGGAAAGAUAUCACGUGGAAAAAUAUCAGAUGCUGAAGUUGAACGUACAGUACGAUCAGCUUUUCAUCAUAAAGUAAUUACUGGAAGUGAAAAUGAGGUUGCACUACUGAAAUACGUCGAAGAACUAGCAAAUGGUGAAAGAAUUCGACGCAAUUAUGAAAUUAUUUUUGAAGUACCAUUUAAUAGACAGCGACGCUUUCAAAUGGUAAUCGUUCGUCAACGAUCUAAAAAUGAUUCAACAAAUAAUGGUAAUACAAAACUGUAUUUUCUUGUCAAAGGUGCUCCCGAAGAAUUAUUUGCUCAUUGUAAAUUGUUAGCUACCGAAGAUGGUUGUAUUAAAAUAUCGGAUGAUUUUAUUGCUCAAUUCUCGGAAGCUUAUACCAAGUACGGUAAUGAAGGAAAGAGUUGUAUUGCAUUUGCAAUAGCAGAACUUGAAGAAUUAAAUUUAAUUGAAUAUUCUGGAUCAUGGGAUGGUUUAAAUCGAUUAAAUUUAUGCUUUCUUGGUAUGGUAGCUAUGUAUGAUCCACCACGAGAUACAGCACUGGAAUCAUUGCAAACAAUGAAAAAUGCAGGUGUAAAAUGUUUUAUGGUUACCGGUGAUCAUCCAUCAACAGCUGCUGCAGUUGCCGGACAUUUCGGCUUAGCCGUACCACGUGCAUCUAUUGUUUCAUUGAAUACUGAAAUGGAAAAAAAAUCAAAUUUGCUAUCAGUAAUUCAUUGUGAAAUGAUUGAUACAUUAAGCGAGCAAUUAUGGGAUGAUAUAUUGAAACAGGAAUUUGUUGUAUUUGCUCGUGCUACACCUUCUCAUAAAUUAAUUAUCGUUAAGGAAUGUCGUCGUCGAGGUGAAGUUGUAGCAGUUACUGGUGAUGGUGUCUUAGAUGCACCAGCAUUAAAGGAAGCUAAUGUUGGUAUAGCUAUGGAAGCCAAAGAAAAUAUUAUUUUCGGAAGUGCAUUUGCAAAAGAAGCAGCUGAUAUGGUAUAUACAGAAAGUGAUGUUAAACAUAUUGUUAAAAGCAUCAAGGAAGGUCGAUUGCUAUAUGCAAAUUUGAAGAAAACAAUAGCAUAUACAUUAGCUCAUAUGGUACCUGAAUUAUGUGCUGUUAUGCUAGCAUUUGCUAUUGGUUUUCCAAUUGGUCUAAGUAGUUUACAGGUUCUUUCAAUAGAUUUAAUCACGGAGAUACCACCAUCAAUAGCACUUACAUAUGAAGCUGGUGAAAAGGAUAUCAUGUGUAGACCACCAAGAAAACCAACUGCUCGACUUGUGUCAAAAGCACUUCUUGUUUAUUCAUAUAUUUUUGUUGGUAGUAUUAUAUCAGUUGGAUGCUUUAUUGCAUAUUUAUUCGUUUUUUGGUUUUAUGAAAUAAGUCUACGUGAUUUAUUUCAUUCAAAUAAUAAGCAUUGGCGUCCAAAUGCUGAAAUGUUGUCAACUACAACCGGGAAGCAUUAUACAGCUGAAAUGCAAAUGCUUAUUCAUGGUCAAGCAAAAGCUGCAUGGCAUAUUACAUUAGUUAUGUCGCAGGUGUUUCAUUUUUGGCUUUGCACAACGAGAAGAAUUUCCGUUUUCAAACAUGGCACGCAAAAUAUUGCAGCAGUUCUUGCACUACUUAUUGAAAUUUUCAUUCUCAAUUUUAUGAUUUAUAUGCCAGGUGUGCAACAUUGGCUUAGUGUUACUCAUCCACCAGCAUUUGUUUGGCUAUUUUGUUUACCUGUUGGUAUUAUUCUUAUUAUUUUCAAUGAGACUCGGAAAUGGCUCAUUAGACGCUAUCCAACCAGUAAUAUUAUACGAGCAUUAAAAUGGUAG